GAGCGUCUGCUUUCGGUAGUUAUGUGUGCGUCCAUUCUUCACUGUUUAUAUCCAUUUCAUACUAGAUAUCACCAUGGGGCUAAUGUUUCGUUUCAACAAUUUCGUCAGUUCAAGAAAAUACGCGAGUUCCUAUCCUGUUCAUUUAACAGAUGUGAUGGACAUAGGACAGUCAUCUCAAUCUGGCCUUUUGAGAGAUGCUGAAGCUAAUGCGGGAACACGAACACGCACAGUCCGGGAAUAUGAACAGACAAUUACUGAACUUAAAAAGGAAAAUUUUGAUUUGAAAUUAAGUGUAUAUUUAUUGGAACAAGAAAAAAAUAAAUAUUGGCGGAAAGAUUGCACUGCUCAGAAAAAAGAUAAGGGUGUUGAAGUGCUUAUUGAAGUGAACCUUGAGACAGAAAAUUUACGAGAAGAAUUAAGUUGCAAAAAUAAAAGUUUAGAAGAUGCAUUGGAACGAAUUGAGAAACUUCAGCAAGAACUUCAACAGCAGCAAACCGAAAUAGCUGAGCUUCCAUCAAAAGAGCACUAUGUCUUGCUUCAAGAUGAAAAUUCUCUUUUGCAGAAAGAAAUUGAAAGUUUACAAAAUUCUCUUAUAGCAAAAAAUCAAGAAUUAGAGGAGGCAGCUCAUCAAAUAGAAGAAUUAUCAGCUCAAAAUAUACAUUUAGAAGAAAAAGUAAAGAAGAGCCGCAUUGCAAUUAGAGGCUUUAUUAGUAAGCAUGCCAAAGAAUUAGAAUUGUUCCCUCAGGAAAUAAGACCAGUUGUUCAAUCUGCUGUGGAAUCUGCCAAAAAUAAUGACUAUUAUAAUCUUGUUGCUGCCAUUAAAAGUUUGAAGUCUUCUCUGUGUGAAAUGAUGACAAUUCCAUUAAAAGAAUGUGUAAACAAUUCAGAAGACAAAGAAAAUAAAGAUAUGAAUUCUGAAAAUAUGUGCCUAAGUGGAGAAACUUUCAAAUCUGGAGAAAUAUUUGGACAGUUAAAAAGGCAUAGAAGUGAUCCUUAUGUUCCCCUAAGUAAUUUGCAAGAAUUUAAAGAUUUGACUGGAGAAAUUGAUGUUAGAGCUGAAAAGGGCUCACAGAGUUUAGAAUUGAUUCAUCAAGAAUACAGUGCAAGAGAAAAAAUGUUAAGCAAUAGUGUCAUUUCAUCUAUGAAAAGCUUUUCCAUACAUCAGCUGGAAAAUACUUCUCUAAUUCCACCUCAGAUUAGAACAGAAAAGGCUGCUAAAGAAAGUUUCGAUUUGUCACAUUGUUUAAGCAAUAGUGCCAUUUCAUCUGCAAAAUGCUAUUCUGUGCAUCAGUUAGAAAAUGUUUCUGCCAUAACUUCACCACAGAUUGGAACAAAAAAGGCUUUUACUACCAAAGAAAGUUUUAAUUUGUCUGAACAUUCAAACGUUAGUGCUAUUUCAUCUGCCAAAAGCUUUUCCAUCAAUCAGCUAGAAAAUACCUCUUCCCGAACUUUACCUCAGAUUAACACAGAAGAGGCUGUUACUGCUAAAGACAGUUUUGAUUUGUCUCAUCAUUCAAGCAAUAGUGCCAUUUCAUCUGCAAGAAGCCUUUCCGUGCAUCAGUCAGAAAAUGUUUCUUCCAUAACUUCACCUCAGAUUGAAACAGAAAUGGCUUCUGCUAUUAAAGAAAGUCUAGAUUUGUCUCAUCAUUCAAGCAAUAGUGCCAUUUCAUCUGCAGAAAGCUUUUCUGUGCAUCAGCUAGAAAAUACCUCUUCCCGAACUUUGCCUCAGAUUAAUACAGAAGAGGCUGUUACUUCUAAAGAUAGUUUUGUUUCGUCUUAUCAUUCAAGCAAUAGUGCCAUUUCACCUGCAAAAAGCCUUUCUGGGCAUCAGUCAGAAAAUGUUUCUUCCAUAACUUCACCUCAGAUUGAAACAGAAAAUGCUAUUACUACUAAAGACAGUUUUGAUUUGUCUCAUCAUUCAAGCAAUAGUGCCAUUUCUUGUGCAAAAAGCAUUUCCGUGCAUGAGUUGGAAAAUGCUUCUUCCAUAACUUCACCUGCUAUUAAAAGUUUUGAAUUGUCUCUUCAUUCUCAUCCUAGCUCUAAAAGAGCUACAAAAAUUAAUAAAGUUUCCGGUUCUGUGCAAUCUUUUGCAGAUGAAAGUUCUAACUUAAAAGAUUCAUGUAAAUUUUCAGAACAAAGUUAUAUUUUAAAAGAAAAUGAAUAUUUGAAAUCAGAAGUAAGAUUCAAAUCAGAAAAAAUUGAAGAGUUAAACAGUAUGUGCCAUGAGUCUGAAAUAAAACAGUUGAAUUUGCAAGAUGAAUUAAAGAGGGCAUUAUCAAAAAUCGAACAACUGGAAAUUACAAUUUCUGAUGGGAAACCAAAGGUUACAUCUAUUGUAAAGCCUAUUUCUACACAAACUUCAACACUUGAAGAUCAACUAAUGCAGUUCAAGGAAAGUUACAAAUCAAUUGUUGAUGCUGCUAUGUCAAAUGAUGUUGAUGAAUUAAAAGAAGAAGUUCUUAGGCUGGUACUUACUAUUGAAGAAAGGGAGAAAGAAAUUUCUAAAUUGAAACAAAUAGUGGAAAACCUAGAACUGGAGUUAGAAAAUGCUGUAAAUCAAAAGGAAAUAGAACCAGAUGGGGAUUCGAAUGAAAAGAAUGACCUCUCUGAGCGCUUAGCUUUGUCCUGUUCAGUUAAUAAGGAACUUAUGAAACAUUUACAUAGUUUGGAAGCAUUCAUGGAUGAUUUACUACAUAAUAGAAAUUUGGAUAUGAGCAGUGUAGAUAAUAUAAGUGAAACAUCGGAUCUCUUCCUGCAGCUGUCUAAACGUCUUGAUGAGAGCUUAAAAUUUUCUCAAGUUUUAUCUGACCAUCUCUCCAUUUGUGAGGGAAGCAAACCUCUAGGAUCCGAAGUUUCAAUCAGUAGAGAUGACAUCAGCAUGUCUGAUACAAAAAGCUAUCAACAUUUAGAUUUAUCUGCAUUGAACUUGAGCAAACUUGAUUCAAUCAAUGAAGGUAGGAGAAAAUUUACAUCAAGUAAUCAAGCGGCAAUUAGUAAAUUUGUUGGAACAGGCAAGAGGUGGUCUUAUUCAUCUCAACACAAAUCCACCCUUCUUGGGAACUCUGAUAAUGUUGUUGUGCUAGGGACAAGUAAUAAUGAAGACUUAAUAUUAUUUUUAAAUGAAAAUGGUGAUCCUGCAGAUGUUCUCAUACGAAACAGUAAUGAAAAUUGUAAGGUAGGAAGUUACCCCAUGCCACAACAUGGCGACCAGCAUCGCAGGCAAUGUUGGAUGAAUGAAAGUGUUGCUGGUUUUGACUGGAAUCAUGAAACCUUGACUUAUCAAACACAAAACUUGAAUGAAAUGCAAGCCAAAACAUUGAAGCAAGGUCACCUAUGGUAUGGUCAUUGCAUGUCAUCUGAUUCUGACAUCUGGUCAGAACCUGAUCGCGAUAUUUCAAUGCAGAGAAUUGGUAUUGAUGUCAAAAAUUCACCUAUAGCGACAAAGUCUCCUCGAAAGUUAAGGUUCAAAGAUAAAAGAACAACGGAUGAGCUCAGCUCUGAAAAAAAUUCAUCUAAUUUUGGUGCUUACAAGACUCAGUCUUGGUCAAGGCGUAGACGAAGUAGCGGAUCUGCAUCUAAACGUCUAUUUUCAAAAGAAGUUUCAAGCAGGAGAGAUUGUAAAUUAGAAAAGCAUCUUUCUUUGUUAACUGAAAAAAUAGCAAAAUUUACCAUGGUGUCCAAUCAACUAGAAAAAAUGAAGGACAUAGAAACUGAAGAAUCUGAGAUUGUAAGUGAUAUUACUGAUGAACUGAAUGGCUUGUUAACUUCUGUUAAUGAAACCCUUGGCAAACUUACUGUGAUAAAAGAAAUCUCUAAGAAAGGUAGUCCUUAUGUGUGUGAGAAAUGUUCAAUAGUUGAGUUACUUCUUGAUUUAGAAAGAACUCGCAAAAGAAUACAUGCGUCAAACUUAUUGGAAAAUAUUAAUGAAACAAAGAUUGAACAGCUAACUCAGGUACUUUUGUCUGAAGUAGAUGAUCUGAAGAAGCAGCUGGAAGAACCUCAUGCUAUUUUGUCAUCUGGUGCAGAGAAUUCAGAAUCCAGUCAUGUUACAGAUAAAGUUUUCCAAAAGAAUAGGUUGCUGAUAAAUGAAAAGGUGGAUAGUCCAAACGCAAGGGACUAUAUAAACAAAGUGAAUGAUCAAUAUAAUUUUGUAAGCCAAGAGUUAAAAGAAUGGCAAAGUAAAUAUGAGAUGUUAAAUAAAGAUUUUGAGCAUAUCAAUGACAAAUAUAACUCAAAGGAACAAAUGUUCAAUGAUUUGAAAAAUGAAUGCAAAGCUUGUUGCAAAGAAUUGGAGCAAUCCAAAAAAGAAAAAUUAUUGUUAGAAAAAGAAUUGGAAGGAAUGAAAAAUGAAAACGAAAAUCUUCAACUGGAGUUAGUAAAAGUUGAGGGUGAAAAAACGUUAUUCAAAAAACAGUUGCAAUCCCAAAAAGUCCAAAUAGAACUCUUGGAGAACCAAUUACAAAGUAACAAAGAUGAAUAUUCAUCAACUGUCAAAGAGAGGGAAAAACUAAUAAAAAAUAAGGAGGAUAUUGAAAGAGAGAAGGGAGAAUUGAAAAUACAAAAUAAAUUGUUAUUGAACCAAAUUAAAGAACUCAAUGAAAAAUAUGAUAAUAUUUUUAAACAGCUUAGGGAAUUGGAACACCAAAAGGAAUUCCUCAAUAAAAAACUGUCAUCUGAUGGAGAAAGCAGUGAAUCUGUGAAAAAGCAGUUUGAAAAGCUGAAUGAGAAAAGCAAAUCAUUAGCCAUUAGCUUGCGAGAUAGUGAAAACAGAAGAGCAGUGCUUGAAGAAGAGUUCAAAAAUGUUGUAGAUCAGUUAAGUAUUGUUGAAAAGCAAUUAAUAGAAUCAAACAACAAGUGUGUAUCUGUUGAAAAUUCAAGGAAAGACCUAGAAGAUAAGAAUACAUUAGUCAAAGCGCAAAUAGAAAAAGUAAAAAAUCAAAAUGCAUUUUUGGAAGAAGAAUUACACUAUAGAGAAGAUCAGAAAAUUAUGUUAGAAGGUGAGCUUAAAAGGCUAAAAAAUACUGGAUUGGUUAUGGAAAAAGAAAGAGAAGAGUUGGUAAAAGAGAAUGAAAUCGUAAGGAAGCAGCUUGAAAGUGUUAAAUUUAUAAAUGAAUCAAAAGAGAGAGAACUCUCAGAGAUGAGUCUCAAAGUAAAAUCAUAUGAGGAAGAAUUAGCAGAUAUGCAAAAGAAAAUAGGCUUAAUUGAGCAGGAAAAAGUUCUCAUCAAUGAAAAAGUGGAAACCUUGAAAAAAGAAAAGGAAUGUCUUGAAGCAGAAAAGGAAUUAGUAUCACAAGAACUGAAAAAUGUCAAAGACAAUAACAGUUAUUUGGAACAUAAAUUAAGAAUGUACAAUGAUGAAAAAGUCGAACUGGUAAAAGAUUUGGAUGAAAAAAGAGAAGUAUUAAAUAAUGAAAGGAAUGCAGCAUCUGAAUUAAAGCUUAAAAUUGGCAAUCUUGAAAAUUGUGUUGGUAAUUUAAAACAAGAAAACAAUAACUUAAAUCAAGAGAAACAAGAACUGGCUAGGAAAAAUAGUGAUAAUACUUUACAGCUAAAGGAAGUUCAGAAGGAAAAUAACCACUUGAAAAACCUUAUUCAUAACAUGGAACAAAAGAAUUCUGAAAUAGAUAAACUUUGUACUCAAUUACAAGCAGAGUUGCAUAAUACUAAAGAGCAGCUUAUGGAGCUCGAUUUAAAAUGCUCUGAAUAUGAAACAAAACUCACUUUAGAAUCUAAAAAUAACAAAGAUUAUGUAUCAAAAUUAAAGAUGUUUGAAAGCAACUUGUUUGAUAAGAAGAAGCGUGUUACUGAAUUAACUGUUGAAAACGGUGAUCUCUUAAAACGUUUUGAAAUCCAAAAAGAUAAACUGGCAAUUUUAGAGAAAGAAAGGUAUGAUGUGUCCGAACAACUCCAUGAAAAGGAAAAGGAACUGUCUUCACUACAUAUUGUAUAUAAUGAUCUUGAAAGCAAGUAUGCUACAUUAUUAAAAGAGAAAAAUGUAGUUGAGGAAAAAUUAAAGUCAUUAACUGCUUCAAGUAAGGAACUGCGAAAAGAUCUUCAAGCAAAGGGUGACCACGUGCAAAAAUUAGAAUCAAAAUGCAUAAAUUACGAGAAUGAAUUGUUGUCAUCUUCAAAUACUAAGAAUAACUUUAUUCAGAAAUUGCAGGCUAUCAAGAAAGAAUUAUUUUCUGAUUCGCAAGUCGUGAAUGAAAUAUUCGGCUUCAAUAUAACAGAAACCAUCUCUGAGAAAAAAAGUGAUAAUCUUGAUGAUCCAAGCCUGAGUAAGGAGGAGACGAUUGAUAAACUCUGUUAUGAUAUUGUACUGGAGCACCAUGAUUUUUUGAAAAGUCUUGCCGCUAACGUACGACAUUUGAGAAGUAAUUCUUUAACAUUGGAAGAAAGUAAAGCUAAAGAGGAACAACUGAAGUUAGAACUCUGUUCCCUUCAAAUGCGACUACAAUUUUUGAAAAGUGAUCUAGAUAGCCUAAACAAACAAAAAAGUGAAAUGAAAAAUGUUAUUGAUGAACAAAUGAAAACCAUAUCUAAAAAGGAAAAGAUGCUAAUGCUAAAAGACUCUGAGAUACAUUCACUACGCCAUCAACUACUUGGAGUCAACAAUGAAGUUCAAAAGGAGGGGCAACAAUUGAUGCAGCUAAAUAUUCAGGAAAUUGAAAAGGGUAGAUUAAAAGAGCACAGUGAACGCUUGCAGUCUGUUAUCAAUGAACUCCAGAAAAGUUUGUGUGAUAAGGAAAAGUUAUUAACAAAGUGUGAUGCUGAAAUUCAUUCUUUGAAACUUCAGCUGAUUGACUUUCAAAAUGAAAGUAAAAAAGCUGGUUUCCAACUAAAUGCAAAAGAUGAUGAAAUAACAUGCUUGCAAGAAAGGAUAUUUAACCUUCAGACACAAGUGAAUAAUUUAUUAUCUGAGAAAAUUGAUUUGGAUGUACAAAUGGAUAAUGAAAUAAAUAGACCUGCCACAGAUGCAGUAACCAGCACCACUGACCUUCUUGAUACCAGCAUGCGUGCAUGUGUUUCAGAAAAACAAACUCGAAGAAAGUCACCUAACUCUUCUAUGGAGUCUUCUAAGUGUGAUAUGACUUCUGAUGAAUCUUUAAUCUUGCCAGAAAGCCAAGUAAGAGAUGUUGAACCAUUUGUGAGGAAAAUAAAUGCUUUGCAAGUAAAACUAUCCAUGGCUACCAAACGCAUUGAAAUAUUGGAACAAGAGAAAAAUGACUUGAGAGAAAAUCUCUUAGCAGAAGUUCAUACAAGAAAAAAAUCAAGUUUGAACACUCAAGGAAAUACCAAUGAGAAAAUUAUAGAACUUGAAACAAAACUGGAGAAGAAAGUUAGUUUUAUUAAAGAGCUUAAAAAUGAUUUGUACAAAACAUCUGACUCUCUUGUAAAGACACAGGAGGAGUUGCGUGAUUUACGCGAAAAAGUAUCAGCAUUAGACAACUCAAAAUCUGAUCUUCAAUUUUGUAAAGAUUUUUCAUCAAAUUCAUUAGGCAUUGAAGCCAAUAUCAGCAGUUUAAGAAAACACAAAUGGGAACUUAUUCGGACUAUUUUUGAUAUGCAAAAAAAGCUUUAUGAAAAGAAAGGUAUUCAUUUAAACCAUUUUGAAAAUUUCAAGAAGCAUAUUGAAAAUCUUCAUUCUUCACAAAUUUCUGCAAAAUUAUCAAAAUCCGAGAGUGAGCCUAUUUUGAGCUCUCAUGCUGACUUGGCAUCAAAAAGUAUGUUUUUGAACAGUCAGAAAUUUUUAAAUUGUGUGCUUGUUGGACUAGAAAUCGAUAUUGAAUGUCUAGAGAAUCUUAAAAUUUUUCUGAAAAGGUUUUUUGUGCCAUAUAUUCUGCAGAAUACUGAAAUGGCUGAUCAAAAUAAAGUUAAGUCAGGUCAUGCCAUCUCUAUUAUGAAAUCCUUUUUAGAAAAUACCCCAAGUUUUAAUCAUGUAGUUGAAGAAAGAAACACUACGCUCUUAGAAAGUUGUACAAGUUCUCCUGAUUUUGUCUUAGUGGAAAGCAAGAAAGUGAGAAAAUGUGAUAUAGUGCCAAAUGAAUGGAGCAAAAUGGCUUGGAAUUUAUCUCAGAAACUAGAUCAUGUUGAGAGUAUUUUAAAAUCUUUGGACUCUGAGUAUUUACGUAUGAAGAAAAUGGAACUCACUUUGGAAGGAAAAUCCAUUAGUGAUCAAAUUGAAUCAUUAUCUCAGAAAAUAUUCAAUGAAAACAAAGCUCUACUUCAAAGCACAAAACUAUUUCAUUUCAAUGCAUCUUUGAAGACCUCAGGCAUUUUCAACAGAACAGUUGUUAGAAUUUCAAGUAAACAAGACUUGAGUGAUCAUGAAUCUUUAUUAAGUGAGGAAACAAUAACUUUAAGCAGAAGCGGAAGUCUUAGUCCUGUAAGCUUUGAAGAAAACCUGCCUAUUAAAAUUCAAUCAGUUGGUGCUGCUGCUUCUAACAAAGACAAAACAUGUGAAAAAUCAAAUUCAAAAGAAGUGAUUGUUGACUCGUAUUCAUCAAAAUUACAGACUGCAGGCAGUUCCCAAGAUUCUGUUUGCCCGCGAUCACAUUAUUCAUCUCCUGAUCUAGGAAUAGAAUCUGACCCAAAUCAUGACAGUUCAGCACCAGAACAAAUGGAGAAACAUGAGUUGUGCAAAGAUACUAAAGCUGAGAUAAAAAUUAGACCUAAACUUGUAGGACGCCAGCCAAAAAAAUCUAUGUACACAAGUACUGAAACUAGCAGAAGGAGUUCAGAUACUGAAGCCUUUGUUGGCGGAGACACACUACAUGCAAUAGGAAUUCUACAAGAAUAUGAAUUAUUAAAGAGAGAAGUUCAAGAAAGUUUAAUUGGAAUUAAGAGUGUUUUAUCUAGAACUGGAGAUGGCUUGCAUCAGAUUGCAAAAUAUACUUCACCAAGAAAAAACUUAGAGUAUAGCACAUUUAGAGCCAUUAAAGAUACUUGUGCAAAUAUAGAAGUCUGUCUCAAAGAAGCUUAUAAGCUUGUCAAUAACUUUUGGAUUGCGCCCUGUCCAAAUAGUGAAGAAUGGAAUUCAUUAAUUCAACAAAAUCAAGAGAAAUGUGAUAAAAUUUUGAUGCUGAAAAACUCUUUGCAGAAACAAGAAGAGGAAUUUAAAGUUGCAAUGAAUAAGUUACAGCAAGCUCAACUCGUUAAAGAACAAAUGGAAAAAAAGAUUUCUAAAAAAUUGGUGAAAACCAAGAAAAUCCUCAGGAAAGCUGAAUUCAAAUUGCUUGAAAGUGAAUGCCAAAAUCGUGUACCAUUGCCUAACUUUCCAUCAGAAUCAUCCCAUUGCCAAGAAAAUCAAUAAAAUUCUCUGUGCCAAAAUACAAUAAGGGAAAAGAAAAUAUUUUUCCACUAAGAGCCACUUUGAACACAGUUUGGAAACUAUUUUGCAAAUUUGAAUAACAUUUUGAAACUAUACUUUUUUUAGUUUUGUAUUUAAAUACAAAAAUUGUAAUACCGUUUUUUACAGAUGCAUUUGCUUGGCAACCUUUUUAUACAUUGUCCAUUUAUCAUCAAGUUGUAUUUGUUUCAGACAUACAUGUACAUAAUCAUGAGAAAGUUCCAGUGUAGUAUAUGGUGUAUGAAAGAAUGUAAAUGAAAUCUCUCAGAGAUGAGAAUAAAUUAAAUUUAUGUA